GAAAUCGACGAAGAAAGUUUCAAUUAUUUGCCUGAUGGAACUACUUUCAUACUGUUGAGAAGUAAUGAGAAAUGGAGAAAACCAGAAGGUACCAUUUUAUUAAUUUUCCACAUAAAUUUUCCUUGCAUAUAAAUAAGUAAACUAAACACUUGCAAAAUCUCCGCCAAGCCCAUGAAAGAGAGGUUUUUUAAGAGACCUCUUAAAUUAGCAAGAGUUUAAACACAGAACUACUUUAAAAAAUGUUGUUUAUUGAAUGAAAGAAAAACAAUUAGCAUAUUUUAGGGUCACCAUAUACAGUUAUGUUGUCUGGAAUAUGUGUAUUUUGUUUAUAAUGAUAAUAAAAUUUUACCUUCAAAGGUAUAUAUUAUUUUGGUUGUCACAAUUAUAAUGGCUGCCCCUAGCGUUGUGUGACAUCCAAGAUAUUAAAGGGCUGUGAAAGGGACUAGGAAAGAAGUUGUGAAAGAACGAAAUUGUUUAGUAGUCAUCAUUUUCAGGUUCCAUUUUGUUGUGCAGUCCCUGUCAUUUAGCAGAUUAUUAGGAAUUAAGCGUUUGUGACACUAGUGACUACACAGGGUUUUCAUAUUUGACUUUUCAGCUACAUGCAGUUUAAUAGUCACAUUUGCAGUACAUACGAUAUCAUAAUAAAAUGUUCUAAGUAUUUCUCCUUUGUUUUCAGACAAAGAUGAGCCAUCCACCGCACCCACUACCAUGUCUACCUGUUUGUCCACCAAGUCAACUCAGCGAACAUUAUCAAAAGAGAGUCUAGGGAAACUUGGACCACCAGUUGAGGUAAUUAAAUCUUUAAUUAAAACCUUUUUUAUUUUACGUGUUCAAGUUAGCUGAUUUCAUGGGUUAACCUACAGAUCUGGAUCUAUUAACUUUUCUGGGACAUAGUUGUGCUAGAUCAGUUAUUCCUGGAAUUUUGUUGUGGCAUUUUCCAGGACUAAAAAGUCUGCUGGAAAACGAAUGAUUAAAUUGGUAGGUCCUGGAAAGUCCUGGAAAUCACUAAAUUUAAGUAAAUGUAAGUGACACUAAAAAAAAUGGCACAAAAUAACUAACUCAGGUGGAGGAAAUUCUCACAAAGUGCGAAAAAGAUGUGUUGAAGAACAAUUAGCUUGUCUAUUUGGAGUCUGGAAAAUCUUCAGGAUUCCUGGAAAAGUUCUGGACAAUUGCUUUUGAAAAAGAGUACGAACCCUGGUUAUUUGUCAUCAUAAAUUUAAAAAAAAGUAAUGUUCCACUUGUGUUGCUUUAUACAUGUACAUGCUGUUUGGAGAAGAUGAACUUGUAAUAUUAUCAUGAACUACACAGUUAAUUAAGCAAUGCAUAAGUUUGAGUUCAAGUUUGAAUUAGAAUGCGCAUUUGAGUUCAGGUCGAGUUGAAAUUCCUAUAAAUCCCAAUAUAAAGGGUAACGUACCAAAAUAUAGUGUAAGCUAACUUAGGCUAACCGGAGUGCUAUUUAUGCUAACUGAAGUGCUAAAACUGAAACUUGUCCCAUGAAUGAUAAUUAAAUUGUAUACCUGCCCGUAAUAUUCAUGUUCACUUACCAAUUAAGAGUGGUUGAAACAGUUUAUAUAUUCUACUUUUAUUUCCGGGAAUUAUAAUUGGUAAAUAAUUCCCUGGUUCCAAUGAUUUUGUGAUCAUAGAUUAGCCAAGAGGACAUACUUAAAGAACAGUUGAAUGCAACAGUUGAUGUUGAGGAAAUACGGAAGGGUAGCCAAAUAUAUGGCAAGGCUGGGGUUUCUGACACACUGACGUCUUACCAGAGAGCCAUCAACCAGGCAGCAUUCGAACUAUGUUCAGCAAAUCCAGUAUUACUGAAGCAUAAAGGGGACCUAUUGCAAGCAGCUAGGAAA